AUACGCUCAAGUAAAUUGAAUGCGGCUAGAAGCUCGCAAUUAGAAGAGAGUCGAAGCUGUAUUGAUAGUAGAUCACGCAACCACGCAGUUACCCAAAGCGGUCUUUUACCUCGUCGUCACAACUGUUGCCAUUGUGCAAUAAAGAAUUGCAAUGGCUACAUUGGUUUUGACAGCGGUAGCGGCUUCCACUGUUCCAACUUUGGUGGAGACCGCAGUUGCUUCAGCCGUUUUUCUGGCGGCUGCGCCCGUUAUUGAAAAAGCUGCUCCAGUAGUUAAUGAGGCGUUUGCUGACUUAGUUGAAAAAGCUACAGAAGUAGCUGUUAAAACUGGCGAAAUGGUGGUUAAAGCAGCAGAAGUAACUGCUGAAGUUGUGGAAAAAACAGCAGAAAUAACUGCCGAAAUUAUUUUGAAUAGAUAUACUAUAUCAUUGCCCCCCAUCAUAGGCCAGCAACAGAAAGGAAAUAAUUCAAACACUAGAUCUAACGAAACUAGUACAAACCAUAAGGAAAACAAUGGAAAUAAACAGUCACAACAAAAUACAAAAACCAACAAACAAACGGAAUCAAAACAAACUGGAACUGCAAGAAACGCUGGCGAUAAUGGAGAUGAUCCCAGACGACGAAGAAACUUGAAAACUACGCGCAACUGUCAGGAUGAAACAUCGGAUGAAACGGAACCACACACUGGAGCUUCUCACUUGCACUCACGAACAGCGGUACAUACCGUACGAUUUGCUGGAGAAAUUAGGCGAGCUGCCAGAAUGUCUGGCCACAACGUUAGAGAUCUUAUUGAAGACGGGGCCAGCACAAUCAGGGAUGGGUAUAUACGGCUAUCGACCUCUGAUAGCCAACUGCAAAGAGCUCACGUGCUACGGUUUAGGGAUAAUUUUGAGAUGUUACGCGAACAUUAUCCCGAGUUGUAUAGAAUAUUGUGCAGACAUGCAGGGCACACGCAAAGAAUUCCGAGGGUGUUCAACGUGUUCCACAGGAUUGGUGGGAGAAUUGAUAAACUGCAGUAUGGAUGGAUUUUGAAAUUGUCUACAGUAGAUUUUUUGGCAGGUCCCACAGCUGAAAAUCUAGCAAUUUUUGAAGCAUAUAGACAAGAAGUGUUAGAUUUGUAUGACAGUGAGAUAAGAUUAAGAUACUAUAGCGAAGAGGACAUGGCAGAAAUAAGAAGGGCAAGAGAGAUGAUGGAAAACACAACGAGUGAGGAAUUGUUUGAAAAUGCUCUGGAAGGAUUCAAUCUGGAACAUGACUACAACAAUCCCAGAAUAAGAUUGUAGUAGUGUAUGUUAUGUGGUGUUUGAAAACCAGCUUAAAAUGAUGGUAAAUUUAAAACUGAAAAGUCAUCACAAAGAGAAACAAACGUAAACAAAUGAUUUGAGUAAACAAAGUGUAAUGAGCACUGAUUUUACAACAAUUAAUUGACAGAAUGCAGAAGACCGAAGACUGAAGAACUGAAGGCUGAAGACUUAAAGCGAAACGCUGAAGACGUUGCCAAAGCAACGAUCCAAAGCAGAAUGUUUCUUUAUUGUGACACUUCAUACGAUCGCACAGUUGACAUGAUUAUGGUCAUAAUCCGUUUGUGUAAUUUGACACUGGUCGUGUCAGAGGUCAAAUUUGCCGGAUUUUACAAAAGCUUUGAUUGAAUGACAAAAAUAUUAUAACGUGAGCAUAUACUUAUUUCUAUACAUCUUAUUUGCCUUUAAAAACUCCCUGAUUUUGUUUACAAUCACAAAAUAAAAUAUUCCUCGUCGAGAUUUUGAAAUAAUAUUACAC